UUGCGGUUCUUGUGGCGGGGACGGCUCUCGUGUUCAGGGUCGCCUCGAGCACCAGUCCUCUACCUGUCAGCCUAGGAUGGACCCCGAGGAGGAAGCGGCGGCACUGGCGAUGGCUACGGGGCCGCCGGUAGAACGGCUCCAGGCCGUCCACCGUGAGGAUGGGUCUUAGAAACUGGAGUAGAGAUGCUUCAACGUGCGGAAUCAACCGACACCCACCCAGAGUCCCGCUCCCCGAAACCCCGGGCACCGCCUCCUGGGAGCCGGUGACUUUCCGGGACGUGGCCGUGGACUUCACCCAGGAGGAGUGGGGGCAGCUGGGCCCGGCCCAGAGGACCCUGUACCGAGACGUGAUGCUGGAGACCUUUGGGCACCUGCUGUCCGUGGGGCCUGAGCUUCCCAAACCAGAAGUCAUCUCCCAGCUGGAGCAAGGGGCUGAGCUGUGGGUGGCGGAGAGAGGACUUGCCCAGGGCUGCCGUCCAGGCCAGGAAGCUGGACUGCAGGGUCAACCACCAGCCCGGGAGCAGGGCCUUCCUGAGGAGAAGGGCCAGGAAGGCUUCCUGGGGGAGGCGCUGUGUCCCGCCUCAUCGGGGGAAGACUGGGAACGGGCGGGCUGGGUCAGGGGCCCCGAGCAGGACCAGGGUCAUUGGCGGCAACUCAAGGAAGUCCCAGUUCAGGACGGAAGUCUCAGACUUGGGGAGAGCCUCGGUCGGCUCCCAGAGGUCUCCAGGGUGGAGCGUGCGUGUGUGCCGGAAUCUCGGGGUCCGAGCUUGGAGCGGAGCCCUGACGCCGCACGUGAGGAGACGGGCUCCCCGGGACCACAGCCGCGCAACCGGCUCGACCGCGGCGAGGCUUCCACUGUGGCGCGUCCUGUUCCGGAGGCGGAGCUGGCGCGCGGCCAGGCGCCCGACAAGCCCUACAAGUGUGCGGACUGCGGGAAGUCCUUCAACCACAAUGCGCACCUCACGGUGCACCGGCGCAUCCAUACAGGCGAGCGGCCCUACGCGUGCAAGGAAUGCGGCAAGGCCUUCAGCCAGAACUCGUCGCUGGUGCAGCACGAGCGCAUCCACACGGGCCACAAGCCCUACAAAUGCGCCGAAUGCGGCAAGUCUUUCUGCCACAGCACGCACCUCACGGUGCACCGGCGCAUCCACACGGGCGAGAAGCCCUACGCCUGCCAGGACUGCGGGCGCGCCUUCAACCAGAACUCGUCACUGGGCCGCCACCGGCGCACGCACACCGGCGAGAAGCCGUUCGCCUGCAGCGUGUGCGGCAAGGCCUUUUCGCGGACCACUUGCCUGUUCCUGCAUCUGCGGACGCACACGGCCGAGCGGCCCUACGAGUGCAGCCGCUGCGGCAAGGGCUUCAGGCACAGCUCGUCGCUGGCACAGCACCAGCGCAAGCAUGCGGGCGACGGGCCCUACGACUGCCGCCAGAGGUUGCUGUUCGCGCCCGCGCCCUCCUGGCCCGAGCCCCUGAGCCCGGGCGAGGGCCCGCCGCGCAGCGACAGGCCCUUCCGGUGCAGCCAGUGUGGCAAGGGUUUCACGCAGAGCUCGCACCUCAUCCGCCACCAGAUCACACACACCCGAGAGCAGCCCCGGGGCCGGGGCCGCCGGCGCCCGCAGGUCCGCAGCCGCGGCCCGCACCUCGGGCGGCGCCCGCUCGGACCCCCAGAGGAGAGCCCCGGGGGCGGGACGAAGGCGGGGCCGCCCUCCGGCAGGGCACUGGCACUGUUCGACCUCCACGAGAUCAUGCAGGAAAAGAACCCGGUGCGCGUUAUUGGGGUGGAAGAGCCCGCUGUGGGCACGUCCGUGCUGUUUGACAUCAGGGAGUCCACGUAGGGAAGGAACGCGGCGGAUGACUGUUGAACCACAGGUACAGAAGUGUGGUACGUCCACAAGGUGUAUUUCUGGAAGGGGGCUGAGGGUAGAAACGUCCUCAGAUUUCCUAAGGCAGUGGUGCUUGCAAACACCUGAGAUCACUGAUUCUCCAGAGUCUCAAACCCAAUACUCGGAAAUGAAUUCAGAGGUAACGGAACCUACACACGUGUGUAAUGUUGAGAAACCCAUACAUGUCCCCGUUUUGUAAAGGAUAAUUAAAGCAAAAGAAACGGUCAGUAGGUAACGUCGGCUGAGUUGCCGUCUUUCCCUGUGGUGGCGACCAUCGUGCCUGGAGACUUGGGGCGUUGCCUAUGGCUUGCCAUCUGGUGCAUGGGGUGUGGUGUUACCCACAGAAACAUGCGAGGCCUGUGUGCGUGUGAUAUCCCGAAGUGGUGACUAAGGCUUGGGAAAGGUUUGCACAAAACAAAUGCAGCUGCGUUACUGGAAGGUUUUGUUUAAAUUCUAAACAUGCAGGAAUUAAUUUAUAUGUGGAGUCAACCCAAGUCGCAGUUCAUAUAUUAUAGAAAGGAGUUUCAGACAUACAUCCAUGGCCGCUGGGAUCCAUUUCUGCACUUUAGAGUCAUUAGAGCAGGCAUGGCAGCCACACUCAUGCCCAAAUCAAGUGACAAAGGAUUCCCCCGUGAAAUUCCACAGCUUUCCCUCAGGGUGUCACAGCUCCUGUUAGAAACCAUGGCCUUAGAUUGGCAAUGUUGCCUGUGAUGGAGGGUCUCACUCAGAGUGGCUUUGUUCCCCAGGAGAUACUUGUUGAUAUUUGGACACAUUUUGGUUGUCAUGACUGGCAGAGGAGAGCGGUGGCAUCCUGUGGAGGAGGUCGAGGAUGCUGCCGAGCAUCCUGCAAAACCCCAUCACCAAAGAGCCACCUGCCGUGAGGUGGAGAACCCUCGCCCAGCAUAAGAGCCGGCUUUCCUGACUCUGGAAAUUGAUUAAUCAGGGCUGUGGUAACAGCCUUGUACAUUUCAUUUUAACAAAUGCUAUCUUGAGCAUGUACACAUUUUCUUUUAGUAAUUCUUUUCCACUGUUUUGCAACAUUUGUAGUUGGUGUGAGGGAAGAGAAUCCACUUAUUUUUCUGAGUAAUUUUAGCAUUUUAUUUUGGACAUUCCAUGUGCUGAUACAUUUUAACUGGCACCCCUGUUGCCAUAGGAUUAUUUUUACAUCAGCACCAGAAAUCUUGUAAUUUUAAUAUCUCUAAAAAGCAUGGACUUAUAUAUAUAUAUAUAUAUAUAUAUAUAAUCAUGUUGGCAUAUGGUGACAAAAACCAUUUUUAUAGUCAUUCUGAGCUAUCAUUUGCCUUUUUCACUAAGUUGAUGUUUACACUGAUGUUUGCACUGAUAGUGCAAAUCCAACACUGGGUAACACUGCCAGAGACUCAGUGAGAAUCAAGGAAGUUGCCCCAAGGUCGCUGUUCAUAUUUUUCCUUCCCUGGCAUUGCAGUAAAGGGGGUGGGGUGGGGGGAUGGUUUCACUUAAGAAUGUCUGUGAUGAAGCAGGAAAAAUUAUUAAUUUCAUUAAAUCUCGAGUAAAACUAUAUUACCAUCUAAGCAGAAAUAACAGUAAUUAUUAUGUCAUCAAAUAUCUAGUGGAUAUUCCUGGUUUCCUUAUAAAUUUUGUUUUGAUUUCUGUUUGGUUUGUUCUAAUCAUGAUCUAAAGAAAAAUCACACCGUGUAUUUGCUUGACUUAGGUCUCUUUUAAUCUAUAGGUCUCCCCUCUUUUUCUUUUUUAGUCUUUUAUAUGUUGGGGGAAACAACAGGAUAACCUAAAUUUUGUCCCUAUCCCAAGCCUGCCCAUCAGACCCACUGGACUAUGCUGAGGGCCCUUUGUGAAUGAUGUGACUCUGUUUUGUUCUCAAAGUUUAUCUGCCCCAUCUCAAGCACAGCUUACCAUCUUGCUGGGGUCUCUGCUGACCUUCAGAAGACCUUUCUUUCAGCUGUCAAUGUCCAGAAAAGCAAGACGUCUGAGAAAAUGGCUUAUUUAUGUAUGAUGCAGUACAUUGUAAUAUGACCAUUUUCAUGUCCACAAUUGGAAACUUCGCCUGGCUCAUCAUCUUGCUCUCUUCCAACUUUACUCCUGAAGAAAUCAAAGCCUUCUGAUCUUUGUCUAUGCUGUUCUUGUUAUAAAGAAGAAUAUUGUGGUCAAAGGUGUACUCCUUGGUAUCUCAGCAGAAAGGAUGCAAAAACUAAGGAUUUAAUCUGCCUGCUUUCUAACCUAGAAUGAAAGAGUGAAAUGCCCGUCCCUCUGAGAUGCUGUGUUGUGUGCUCCAGUUACACAGCAUAAUUGCCUUUUUUGUUUGUUUGCUAUUCCCACUGUGGUUGCAUCCUAUUGAAGUUAAAUACAAAACAUAAACAUCAACAAUUGGAAGGAAGGAAAAUUGGCCAUGGCACAGGUCAGCUUGUAGAAAUUGUCCCAGAAAAAUAUCCCCCAGAAGGAAUAUUGGGUUGUCAGAGCGUCGAGUUGAAUGGAAGAAGGAUUCUGGAAGGGUACAGCGGCUGUUCUAAGCAGUGUCAGAGUGUCCGACCAUCAGAACUCACUGCUGAGAUGUGAUGGGUGAGUGUCAGGACCUGUCAGAACUUUCCUGUGUCCAAUUCUGUUCUUUGGAUGCUUGAGUGUCACACCCAGUAGGGUUUCCACAGUAGCAGAGCCAGGCUUGCAGCUCAUCUCCAGAGGUUCCACAGGAUGCCUCGAAGCCUCGGGUUUGUCUCUGCCACCCUGUCACUCUCUGGGCUUGUCUUGUGGACUUCGUCAACUCUCAUUAUCACAGCGCCUCUGUUGUCAUGCCUUGGCCUCCACCACCUUCCAUUUCAUUCUUAGCAAAUAACCUAUUUACGUGGCUCAGAAGAGGUAUGUUUUCAGACAGGCAGUGACUCACACCUCUAUGAGGUGGCGCCAUUUUAUGUAUAAGGAAAAUCUGGCCCAGGAUAAACAACCUUCCCAAGGUUGCACAGCUAGGAGUUGGAGGCAGCAUUUGAAGUCAGCACCCCAUUAACAGUGGCUUAAAUAGAUCAGACUUUGCUUGAAGGCUGUGUCUUCAGUGGCUCUGCGCCAUCAGAGGCAGUGGCUUCUCUCCCAGCCUGUCCCUCGUGGUCACAGGGAGACCACUGCAGCCUCAGCCGAUGCACCCACCGUCAUCAGGACUGGAGGAGGGGGAAAGGUAGGCCAAUACUCAUCGCCGGUGAGGUUUCAAAGAAACGACUCUCCCAGAAGCUUUCAUCCAAUGCCUCCAUGUCUCGCUGGCCAAGACUGAAUCACUUAGCUUCUCUAACCUCUGUGGUUGAGACUAUACCCGAGAAAAAGCCUCGGAAGAGGUUAACGGUGGGCAGCUGGCAGCGCCCGCCACCUUUCUCCCCAGUCUCUUUCUUGAGGAAUCUGCAGCGCUCCCCCUUUGGGUCACCACCGCCUCUUCAACGCCUGGCUUGUCCCGCUUGCCAACCAGGCCCCCCACAGUCCUCGGUCCCCUGGCAUGCUGGAGCACUGUGCUUGCCCAGAUCCCUUCUGCUUCUCAAGGGGCCUCUUGCCCUCCCCUCCUCAACUCCUGGGGCCUCUGGGCUGCUGUCCCAGAGCCGCAUCUUGAGCUCCAUGCACUCCCAAGAUGUCCCAGUCAACACCGCGGCUGUGUGCUGCUCACUCCCAGGUCCUGGUCUCCGAGCUUCAGGCUGAAACAGCAGCUGCAUGCUGCCGGAAGCUCCCCCUGGAUAUCCAGCAAACUCUGGAAACCGCCUACCCAGAGGGAAAUGCCACUUUCCAUCCCAAACCUGUGCCUCCUUCCCUGCUCCCUUUCUCGAGGAUUGUUGCCACCUGCCAUCCCAUCCCUUAAUCCAAAAGAUACCAAUAGACAUCCUGUUGAUUUUACUGCGUAAGCAGCUUGGCUGUCUUCUUUGUUCCAUUUCCUUCCCACUGCUGCCACUGACGCAGGAUGACCGGGAGAAGCCUGGUCACUAGUGCCCUUCAUUUGUGACGGCCCCAUCGUUGGUGUGGGGGUGGGGACUUGGAAUGCCCCCACCACUAGCGUGCUCUGACUCGGGGAGACCCUGCGGUAACUGGACAGCUCAGAAGCCAGGCCUGCGACUGCCCUGUCCCCUCCGCCCCGGCCCUCACAGUGGCAGCUGCAGAAGGGUCGUGUCUCCACAGUUCUUAGACUGGGCACUGGGCGGGCUGAGGCUCCAGUCACCUCAUCCGUUAAGCUGGGAACAAGCUUGUCACCAUCAGCGUUUGCGGCCCUCUCCAUGUGGUGCAGCUCUUUUGGAAUUUUCCGUUUCUCAUUUUGGGUCACCUUUUCUAGGCAUCAUAUUCCUACUAAUUUCCUUACAGAUACUUUGAAACCAGUUAACAAACUCCUCAGGGGAAAUUGCUGUAAACUAGAGAAAGUAUAUCAUUUUAUCAGUUUAUCAAAGUAAUGCAAAAUCUUUGUAGCAAAACCUGGAAAAUACACGAAAGUAUGAAGGCUUAUUUAAAAUUCAAUUCCUCAUACUUCCACCAUCCAGUGAUGUUCAUUACCUUAAGAUUUUGUUAAUUUUCUUUGUAACUUUUUCUUGAAAUAUACAUGUGAGUAUACAUAGAGUAAACAUUAAAUCUUAUAUACAGCAAAAAUAUGUAUAGUUAUCUUUUGUUUAGAAAGUUCUUUUGUAAUGUGCUUCUUACUAUAUUUUGAACAUUUUCCUGUGAAGAUGGAUUUUUAAAUUAACAUUCAGGAGGGUUGUAGCAGUGUGAUCUCCACCCACCAUCUUACCUAAACUUUCACUUUUAUCUAAAAGGGGGCGAAGGGAUUCAUAUACAUUUCUUAGGGAAUAUGAAUUGAUACAGCCUCUGUGAAGGUCACUUUGUUGGUUGCUAUCUAAAUUACAGCAAACUUUGUCCCAGCAAGCCAUUUGCUGGAAAUGAAUCCUACAGAUAUAUUUCUACCCGCACAAACUGUUCUUGUGUAGUUUUUACUAUGAUAUGGAUUUCAGAAAGUGAGAAUUUAGAAUCAGCCUUGGCGUCCACCACAUGGGACUAGCUAAGUGAUUUCUGGUGGACUGGCUGGCUUUUACACAGCCCUUGAAAUGAGGACUGUCUUUAUGAACUUGUAUGGAAAAGAGCGCCAAGAUACAUUGUCUGUGAAAAGGUAUAAAACAGUUUGUAUGAUAUGUUUCCAUUUGUGUAAAGAGGAAGCCAUUGCUUACACAUACACAAACACACUGAAUCUGAAGGGUACAAGGUUACCAGACAUACUACUUGCUUUUGGGGAGGAGAAUUGGAGGGAGGGGGAAGAUGAGGAAUAAUUUUCACUCUAUAUCUUUUGAUAUCUUUGGAAUUUUGAAACAUGUAAAAAUAUUGCCAGUCCAAAAAAUAAACAAAACCUUAGUUCUUUCAAAUUAAA